AUGGAGCUCACUUGGAUUAAGAUACUGUACAUCGUUCUUGGCUCCAUUUUGGCUUGUAUCACAAGUAUUCUCGUUGCAAGGUACAACUUGUGGCAUAAAAUACUGUUCCAGACGUGGCUAUGGUUUAGACGCAUGAAACGGGGCGUGAAGGUGAAACACAUCAAACACAACAGCUACAACUUCUGUUACUUCACUCGAGGGAAGCCUGGAGUCCAGCCAUCUAUACUGAUGCUUCAUGGGUUUUCACUCAGCAAAGACAUGUGGUUAGAUACUAUUAAGUAUAUGCCUGAGGACAUCCACGUGGUCUGUGUUGACCUUCCUGGUCAUGGAGCAACCACCCGCUUGCUGGGAGAUAGCUACAGAGCACCUUCGGAGCCAGGGCGCUAGAAGGCGGGAAUUCAUGAGUUUGUCGAGUGCAUUGGUCUGGAUAAAAAUCCCUUCCACCUGGUUGGGUUCUCCAUGGGCGGAAUGAUUGCCGGGGUUUAUGCCGCUCUUUAUCCGUUCCAUGUCUGCUGUUUGUCCCUCCUUAGCCCAGGUGGUCUCCAGUAUCAAGGAGGUUAUGAGUUCAUCAAGCACUUGAGGGAAGUGGAGAAAUCUAUCAAUGUGGGAAGCAAUCACCUCCUUUCUUUGACCGAGAGACAGGGAGAAGAGCUAUUGAAGCUUGGCCUAUACCACCCAAGCAUAUCACAGUUGCAGCUCCUUAAGGGAUAUCUUGAUGAUGAUAGACCACAAAGGAUGUUCUUCAUUAAAAGCUUUCUAGACCUUUCCAGUAUGGAGUCCAGGUACAGCCUUCAGGACAAUGCAAGCAAGAUCAAGGCUCCAACUGAGAUCAUCUGGGGAAAGUAUGACAAGAUACUUGAUCCCUCUGGAGCAGACAUUUUAGCCAAAGCUAUUCCUCACUGCCAAGCAUACAUACUGCAAAGAUGCGGACACUUCAUCACCAUAGACAGGCCACAGAAAUCUGCAGAGCUCAUCCUGGAAUUCCACAUUUCAGUUUGUGGCACCAAGAAGACUAACUAGUUGACAUAAACCUCAUGUGGGCACCAACCAGAUUGCGAUUUGGAAUUUCUAGUUCUCCAGAGUUAUUCCAGAGAGAAAUGACUCACCCGUUGCAGCACCUAGAAGCCAUAUCUGUUUAUAUGGAUGACAUCUUGGCCAUAGAGAAGAACAACAUGAUUCUGGACUACACAAAGUCCUUCACACCUUACAGAAGACAGGUCUUCAGCUGAACAAAACAAAAUGCCUUCUGUGCCAAAAGUCUUUCACCUAUCUAGGACAUCACACAUUGCCAUCGCUCCCAAUAAGAUCACAAGUGAGAUGAUAAAGAAUGGUCCGGUCUUGAAGUAGUCAUGGAACAAAACCAAACACCACGAUCAUAUCUCAUCAAGACCAAUACUGGAACUCUUUGUAGAAAUGUAAAACACCUCCAGGCAGUUCCAGAACCAGUAAAUCCAGAAUCAGAGACUCCAAAACAGAGAUUUCAGAACCAGAUUCUCCAACCACAAUUGAAUCUUGUAUACCAGAUCUAGUUCAAGAUCAGCCUGCGAUAACAACUACUUCCUCUCCAUUACCAAACACAGAGACAGCAGUCUUGAGAGGGAGACUGAUUAGAAAACUUGCACGUAUCGAGACUAACAUAUAGACUAAUAGAUGUAGAUAUUUAGUAAUAGCCACCUACUACAGGGCAGAAUAAUUCUCAGGUGCUAUUGGGGUGUAUGAUAGUCUAUUCAUCACUCAAGUUAGGAAAUAACUUGUAUAUAUGCACAGUAAUUAUUUGUAUUGAUAUUUAGAUAAUUAAUCAAUUUAUUACACA